AUGUAUCGACUGGCCGUGUCGCUUCUUGCGCUAGCGAGCACCGGCCACGCUGCGGAUUGUCUGCGGGACCAAGAACGCCAACACAGUGAACCAUCGGGCGAGCAGAUCGCCAAGGCAGUGGGUUUGCAGUCGGACCUAGAAAAUAUCUGCGCGGGGAAUUGGAGAGUCAAUGAUGAAGAAAAGCUCACCAAUUCGUUCAAUCAUUGGGCGAUCAUAUAUACGGUGAAGCGCGAAGACAAUACCAAGCCCCUGCAGCAUUGCAUGGCAGCAUUCAACAACAUUCUCGAUCAGUGCGUGAGCAAUGGCAACUAUUGGGGCGGCACCUGGAGCCACGAGGGCGAGACCUACUCCAUUUCCAACAGCGUUAGCCCGGAGAACGGCCUGGCUCCGACGGAUGAGGGCGGCCCCGAUGUGGACUCCGGGCCCCAUCACGGCGGCGCCGGAGCCUUCCGCUUCGGCGACGGCGUUCGCUACCACUACGGCAACCAUCGAGGGACUGACCACCCAUUCCCAGACAACCACAACUGCUGGCGAUCAUGCUACUGUCCUACCGAUUUGCCAGCCUGCGUGGACGCCAAUGACGCCGUCAAAGAAGACCUGUCUCGUUGGACAACUCGAGGCAUCGCCAUUUGGCUGGGUGGCAGCGCGACUAGCGUUAACGAGCUACUAUACAAGCUUCGCGAAACAGUUUGCGGCGGUACAUGCAAGGCUCCGGACGGUGUGGACAGUAAGUAUGCGGCAGUCUACCAGAGCAACGGCGCAUGCGAAGUGUCCAUCGCUGUGUCGUCCGAGAUCGAGGUGUACGUCAACCGUGACACGUGGCCGGACAAUAACAACGAUUUCAACACAAUCUGGCAGCAGUGCUGGGAUAGCACCGAGAACAUCAUCGACAAGUGCGUUGACAAUCGGGCCAAGUCGGGCUGGUGGAACGGCGACCACGUCUACCAGUUCUACCAAGCCGGCGUUCGGCAGCUCAAUGACCCUGAGGCGCACCACACGAAGAACAACAUCAAAAUCGGUUCGUACCUGAUGCCGCCGACAGACGGAUUGUCUUGCGGGAAAGACUGCCAUGGAUUCAUCCCAAACCCGCAAUGGUGCCGAGACAACUGUGGCGCCAGGCUCUUUGCUCGGGGUCGUCGCUGGGCUUCGAGCUCAAAUAAUCCUGGUUCGGCGCCGUUGCUGUUUGCGCGGGCUACGGAGACAGUGAACACUGUCGGGGGCUGCAACCUAAGAUAUGUCUUGCCGGACUACCCUAGCUCUGGAACGGCGGAGAACAAUGCGGCAGUCCAAAAGUUCUAUGACAGAGACGAUACAAAUCACGGGAACGGUAACAACUGCGAUAAUCCAGUGUUGACCGGGCCCGUUGCUAAAGUCAAUGGCCACAGCUAUGACAUUGGCGGACAGCAAGCCUUUGACGACAGUAUUGACCCCAAUGGUGCCGACCCCGUUGCUACGUGUCCCGAUGUCGAGGCCGUCUUUAACCAGCUGAACGCCCAAGGAACGCACUUUACGACCGAAACGGCCGCGCAACAGCUGGGGCGGGCUGUGUCGUGUAGUGGGCCGCAGUGCCCUGACAACAACCGAGUUUCGGAACUGUUCCUGCUUCGUAAGGAGGUCAACGGCAUCAAGAACCGGAUCUUCACUGGCCACUAUACCGGUAUCGGGCGAGAUCCCAAUGACAAUAAGCUGCCCAGCUGCAACCCUAUUCACAAGACGUACGUGGAAAUGCAGCAGCAGAUGAUCAAUGCGGCCAUGGUCUUCCAGUACAUGAACAAGCAGGAAACGUUCGACGCAUUUAAUGCCGUCCACCUGCGGAUCCGCCAAAUUCUCACCAACCUCGACGCGGACGCACUCGGAACCAACACGCCGCCUCGGAACUUGGCCCCUUACAUCAGAGAAGGGGUAACACCUACGUGGCUCGCGGCGUAUGACGAGUUUAUGAACCGUUUCCUCGUUGAUACAGAGCGUAAGAUGGGGCUCUGGCAGCGCGAAUGCCGGGACGGGUAUGACGCUGCAGUACUCGCAUCAAAUCUUCAACCGGCACAAAAAGAUGCAGUCAGGGACAAGGUUAGGAACUACGCGAGUGGAAAUGGCGUUUACGCAGAUGCUGCUUUGACGUUGUCGGGUCUUUGGGAUCCCGUAAAGGGGAAUUAG